UUGCGUCAUCAUCAUGCGACCUGUUUUUCCGUUGUGGGCGAAGGACGCCGAUAUCAUCUAUUUUCUAGCCAUGUUUGCCUUUUUUGUAAAUUAUUUUCGUCAGUGACGCUCUUAUAGACUAGACAACAGCUUUUUUAAAUCUGUUGUUUUGUCUUUUUGACCCGCCAAAAACUACAUCUGGCGAUGAGAAAAACCAGGAGGUAGCAGCUCGACGAAAAUGAGGCUUUUUAUAUGUUAAACAUUUUUUUCCCCAUUCACAACCUUCCUCUGGUUUUGCUGUUUAUGCGCCUUUAACAGUUCACAUUAACUUCCAAGUUUAUCAGUCAUGGAUGUGGCAGCUUCCUGAACAGAGAAGAUGACAAUGGAGGCCACUGCCUCCACAACCCCUACUAACAAGAAUUUCUACUGGCUUCGCUCCUUUGUAGCUGGAGGUGUAGCAGGAUGUUGUGCCAAGACCACUAUCGCUCCUCUGGAUAGGGUCAAGAUUCUUCUUCAAGGCCAGAGCCCACAUUACAAACAUCUGGGAGUGUUUUCCACACUCACCGCUGUGCCAAAGAAAGAAGGUAUCCUGGGUUUGUACAAAGGGAACGGGGCAAUGAUGGUCAGGAUAUUCCCUUAUGGAGCCAUUCAGUUCAUGGCCUUUGACAGAUAUAAAAAGUUGCUGAAUACACAACUUGGGAUCUCUGGACACAUCCACCGCCUCAUGGCAGGAUCUAUGGCAGGGAUGACUGCGGUGAUCUGCACCUACCCUCUGGAUGUGAUCCGAGCCAGACUGGCCUUCCAGGUAACAGGAGAUCAUCGCUACUCUGGAAUUAUUGAUGUCUUCCGCUCCAUCUCUCACAAGGAAGGAAUGAAAGGCUUUUACAGAGGACUCACUCCUACACUUAUUGGAAUGGCGCCUUAUGCAGGUCUCUCAUUCUUCACCUUCGGCACCCUGAAGAGCCUUGGCUUGAAGCAUUUCCCGGAGCGUCUGGGACGUCCCUCGUCAGACAACCCUGACAUCCUUGUCCUGAAACCCCACAUCAACCUUCUCUGUGGAGGGGUUGCUGGUGCCUUUGCUCAGACUGUCUCUUAUCCUUUAGAUGUGGCCAGGAGAAGAAUGCAGCUAGGCACCGCGCUUCCUGAUUCAGAUAAAUGUGGCUCGCCUAUCAAGACUCUGAAGUACGUGUAUCAGCAGUACGGGGUCAAGAGGGGACUGUACCGAGGCCUUACUCUCAACUACAUCCGCUGCAUCCCAUCCCAGGCCAUGGCCUUCACCACCUACGAGUUCAUGAAGCAGGUCCUCUACCUGAACUAGUCUCCUCCUGGACUGCGAUCGACGUAGCGAUCAACUGCAGCGUUAAGCUGGUACGUCUUAUGAUCCUCUUCAGUUCCCUGAAGGCACCGCAGGAAGUCACUUACUGCCGAAGGAAAGAAAACGUGGGAUUUUUCUCUGUUCAUCCUGUUUUAUUUUCUCAGUAUUUUUUUAACGUAUCACCACAGAAGAGAUUUGUUUGUAAAUGAUCUGUUUUUCUAGCAAGACAAUCCUCAUCUGAGCCGAAUCUCAGCAACUCACACGACAACAAAUAGAUCAUUUAUUUCUAGUUAAGGUGAGUUUAAGUUUAAAGUGAUCAAAAUAGAGCGUGAAAAAUUCAACUUGAAGGGGAUAUUUCUCACUUUAUAUGAGGUUGCUCAGUUAAUCUACAUAUUUUUUUAAACAAUUUGUUAGAGUCUAACUAUUGCUGAUUGGUGGCUGAAUGUGAGUGAUUGCCUUAUUUUUUUGGUUUGUUUGUUUUACACAUUAAGUCUUGGUUUUUAGCAUUUAUACUCAAAACAAAUCUUAAAUCUGACUUCUUUAGGAUGAAGUGACCUCUGUACCACAUUGUUUUAGUUCAUGACAGCCUUUAAUUUAUCUGCUCUUAAAAAUAAUAUUUGUACUGUUUUAGUUUUCAAAUAAGACAAAUCAUGAGCGCUUUAUGUUGUUAUUGUAGACUUUAUUGUACAUCCCUAAAGUUUUAACAUAUCGUAGAUAUAAGUUGACAUGUCUGGAGGGAUGAGUUUACCAGAGGGAACUCAGGUGUAAUUUGCACUGUUAUUUGUCAGCAUGUUGCCACUAGGUGGCAGUAUUUAUACAGAAUAAUAAUGUUUAGCCAGAGCUGCACACAUGAGCUGGACAAAUUGAACACAGCUCUUCUCAAAUCUGUCAGAAUGUGAUUUCUUUUGUCUUUUUUAAUUUUGCAUUUUCAAAGCAGGUUUUCAGAUUAAAAGUCAUUUAUGCAGUUUUUGUAGCACAGUUUAGAUAACACAUUACCUGGUUACUUCAGCUCCUUUUUUUUUUUUUUUAGCUUUUUCUAAACAUUUUUCCCAGGAAACAAACAUUAGGUCAUCAACAUGAGGUCAAAAUCUGAUUUAGUUGAUCUGGUGGUCUACUCAGAUUUAAGGUGAAUAUAAAUGUGGAGCAUUGGUGAAAAGCAGAAGUCUAAAAAAAACAGGAUUUCAAAACUUGUUUUUUGUCUUGUGAAAUCAAACGAAGCUGCCUUUAAUCCUUAUCUCUUUCGAACGUUCACCAGAGAGGGAUUGUUUCCCUCCCUCAUUUUCUAAAUUCUUCUCAUUUGAAUGUCUCAAAAUAGAUUUCACACAAAACAAAGACAGAAAAUAAGCAUACAAACAAAUUUGCCCCACAAUAUAGUUCAUUGUUUUAAUUUGAUCUCACAUUAAACUAAAAUUCCUGAACAUCAAAGCAGAUCUUAAAGGUUAGUGCUCAUGCUGAAAUGUACAUUUAUUUAAUAAAAAAUGUGACUUUUGUACUGGUAAACAUCAAGUUGGACAUAGCUGUAAUAAAAUUGUACAAUCAUGCAAAUAACACCCUCAGACUACUGAACAGUCUUGUUUUUUGUUUUUGGCAGAGGAAUUGUUUGACUUACAAUAUGUGACCGUCUUGUUUAAAAUAGCUGUUGAACCAAAAUUAAUUUAAUAAUAAUAACGUAAAAAAUAAUUUAAAGCGCUUUUAGAUGUUUUAGUUUAUUACAAUAAAUAAUUUAUUUUACUGUUUUAUUUUGAAAGUGAGAGUUUAGUCAUCUAAUUUGGCAACAUUAUUUCGUAACACUGUGCUUUGUAUCUGCUGACAUUUAUCUGCUGUGCUGCUUUGUUCAGAUGCUCUCAGAAUUAAUUUUUGUCCAUAAAAGCUCUGCUCUUCCUGCUGACUGUAAACAAAUAUAUACGAGUAAUCAGAUACUUAGGUAUAAAUGUACGUAUUUGCCAUAUCGUGGUACAAUUUGAUCAGCAAUUGAAAGCAGAUAAACUGGUUUAAAAAAAUUUUUUUGGUUUACGUUUUAUGCUGUUUAUCAGCACUGUCUGAAUUAAACUUUGUGUACCAAGCUGUGUUUUUUAAUUUUUAGACUUAAAAAAAUACAAAUAUAAAUAUAUAUAUGUAUUUAUUGAGUUUCAGGCUUACGAAAGACCCCUGUUUAUGUCAAAGUUUCGGUUUUAUUUAGGAAACCACAGAAGGGCUCUCUGAUGUAUUUGCAUUGAUUUGACUAAAACUGGAGUACACUGCCUGCUGUUGUUCGAUGUCACACGCUAAUUUGGUUUGGAAAUGAAAUGUGUGCAUGUGUGUGAACUUUUCUCCCCCCCUCCAGUCAUAAGCUAAAUGCAGAUAAAGAGUGUCUGCAUGUUUGUUUUUGGUUGCAGAAAAAAAGAAAUGAAACUGAUCUGAAAUAA